ACUUGCCUAGUUAAAUAAAGAUUAAAUAAAAUAAAAAAUACUGAACAAGGAAGGAAGGAGAAAGAUGACAACAGAGGCAAGCUAACUUUUUGGAGACAUAAAGGCGCAAUUUGUCGUUCGAACAAUAGCAAGGCAGCUAUCCCGACACUGACUUGGUAAAUAGAUGGAUUGGACUGUAGAAAUGUAACAACUCAAAUUCAUAUAGAUGUUAAGACUGACCGAUAUAUAUAGUUUACUUGUAAGCAUGUUUUGAGAAUACAAUGGUAGUGUUUGUUUACAAAACAAAUGAGUAAAACAAGCUUAUGUUCGGGGUUCUGAUGAGGGUAAGACACAUGAACUCAUGGAGGUAUUCAUAAGUUUGACUCUUCAAGAAUUUUAAAGACCCAAAAUGGAUGCAGAAAUCGCAGCUUUCCCCCCUUUACGUGGCUAUCCCUUGUUGUGGAGCUACAAUAAAAGGUGGGGGCUAAUUUCUUGGAGAGAGUGGUGUGGAAGUUUGACGGAAGAGCCCGGUGGCCAUGGUGGCACAUCUCUACAACUUCCAGGUGGAGCACGCCCUCCUCACCUUUGACAUCCUGAAGAUGCUGGUUGGGGCUUUCACCGAAAAAGGACAUUGAGCUGGUUCUGUUCAUGCUGAAAAAUGUAGGCUUCGCCCUGCGGAAGGAUGAUGCCCUGGCUCUGAAAGAGCUCAUCUCUGGGGCCCAGCGCAAAACAGGGUGCGCUUCAGCUGCAGACCAUGAUGGCUCUGAAGAACAACGAUAUGAGGAAGGUCCCAGUCCAUGACCCAGAGCCUGUUGAGAGACUGCAAAAGCUACAGAGAACUCUGAUCCACCAGAGUUCAGGGGCCAGUGAUGUGAAGCUGAGGGUCUCUUUCGAGAGCCUCUUGGCUGCAGAGCAGGUGGGCCGCUGGUGGAUCGUGGGCUCAUCGUGGAGCAGAGCACCCAUGAUAGGUGACCAGGGCAACAUGACAUCAAAACAGACAACUGCAGAAGGAAAGUUCAGCUUAAAGAUCUUAGACCUGGCCUGGAAACGGAGAAUGAACAGACCUAAGGAGAAAUCUCUUCUGCGUCAUCAGGACCAGCGAGGAUUACCUGGAUGCCUUUUGAGAAGCUGGAUUUCGGGAAUUCCCAAGCUAGGAAUGCUGUGGGAGGGCUUGAAGCUGUUCAUCAGUCACUUCCUACUGAAGAUUGCCCAGCCCCAGGGACCAGCUGAGCAAACAGGCCUUCUGUCAGAGCAAGCCGAGGUCACCCCCGAGGCCAAAGAAACCAAACUCAAACUGUAAAACACACACAGACACAUUCGGACUCUGGGAGAAUGCCAGGAGAACAAAAGCAACCUGUUUGGAGAAAAUUGUCUUUAUUACAAAGAACAAACCCAUCAAUUUAAUUUCAAGACUGAAGCAAUGCUGUUUUGUUAUGGGGUUUUUAAACUGUGAUUUUUUUUGUUGCCCCAAGGUCAAUGGAAAUGGCUCCUCUGGGAGGUCUUAGUCAUCAUAUAAGUCAUCUUUUUUUUAAUGAAUUGCAGUAUUGACAACGACAGAGAUGGUUUUUAUGACAUUAUAAAUAUCAACGUUAAGUAGAGGCUUCAUCAAGUGGCAAUGAUAAUGGCCAUGCCGUUGUGGACAAUUAUAUUUCCAGUGUAGUUAACACUGAUGCAUCAAGUUGAAUUCAUUGUCGUAAUGGAAAUUGCCUUUGUCUAUAUAUUUGUACAGAAUGCCAAGUUAUUCUGUUUUUGCCAUGUAGCAAUGGUAUGCAGUCUACUAAAAUGCAUGUUUCAGAUGAAUAGAGGAUUAAUCAUGUGAACAUUUGAGAUGUGCAUAAGGGGAAAUAAUGAACAUUUGCAUACUGAAUUCAUCUGAUUUGAUGGGUCUUGAUACAUGUGAAUGUGUUUCCUGUAUGUUAUGUCUCUGGAAUUCGUGAAAGCUUAUUUGCAUAAUGUCAAUAAACCGAGCUCACUUUCCGGGCGGACGCAAUGGUUAUAUGAAAUAAUCCUCUCUGGCGGCAGUGUGAAACAGUGUCUCAAAGUUCAUACAGAAUGUACAUGACCGUCAUCACCACUGCAUAUGAAAUUUGGAUUAAACUUAUGUAGUCCUGACCUUGUCUACUAAUGUUCUGUAUUAUGUCACGUUUUGUGUGGACCUGAGGAAGAGUAGCUGCUGCUUUCGCAGCUGCUAAUUGGGAUCCUAAUAAAGUACUAGUUGUGUGUGGUCAUACUGAUGUUACAUUUUUACCAAAGCAGUCUAUUCAAGUUUUACAUUUGAAUCCCUAGUUGAUA